AUGCUCGACGAAAACCUCCCAACGUUCCGCUUCCGCCCCUCCUCCGACAACCCACUGAACACCCUCCUCUACUUUACACACCAGGGAUCCGACCCGACGCCCAGCUACCUCCUUAAGCGCGCCGACCCCGCCAGUCCGGCCGCCCGAAACAAGUACGCCGCCGCGCUCACCGACAUCGCCUCUCAGCAGAUCAUCUACGCCGAGGUCCUCGUCGAGCCGGAAUGGUCCCAGCCCACCCUCUCCGCCGCCGAGGUCCGCGCCCAGAAUGGCACGCCCGCCCCGCCUCAGCCCAUCAUGCCUGACCAGGUCACCCUGCAGCUCUACAAUCCGGACUCGCAGGUCGUCAUCAAGACCAAAGCCGGCAGCUGGGGCAAGUCGGACAGCUGGGAGUUCGAGAUGCCCGAGCAGAGCUUCCGCGCCCCGAGCGCCAGCCUGAUCGACCGCUCCGCCGACGACCCGCCCGUCAGCGACAUCGUACCCAAGGUCAUCUUCCGCUGGAAGCGCGACGGCAGGCUGAGCAAGGACAUGACUUGCUACAUGGUCGGAAAGAGCGUCGCCGGGAAGAAGAGCAAAGAGCCUGAUAUCACCGUCGCCAUGUUCAAGGAUACGAAGCACGAGAGCGCCGUCACCAUCUACGAGCCCAACCUGCAGCGCGUCGACGUGGAAGAUCGCAAAGGUCUAGAUAUUGUCCUGCUCUUCGGUGCCGAGGUCCUCCGCGACUUGUUUCUGAACCCUCGCCAAAACGUCUUCAACCUUACAACAAUGCCCCCGCCGAUGGCCGGUCGUCGGAAGAACUCUAAGCCUUCGCCAGCCUCCAUGGGUCCCGGAGGCCCCGUACUCCCAGUGGCUGCAAUGUCGGGCGCCAUCGGCAACAAACCCGCCUCGCCACCAGCACAGGCGAUGAACAACGGCCCGCCAAGACCCAACGCCCGUGCCCAGUGGGAGAUCGAUAACGAGACGAAACGUCUGCAGGCCAUGGUCGCCCAGGAGGAGCGGGAAGCCCGCGAGCGCGAGCGUCGUGACGCCGAGGAGGCGAAGCGCAUCAAGAAGAUGCUCGACAAGGAGGAGAAGGAGCGGCGGCGGAAGGAAGCCGAGAUCGAAGCGGAAACGGAGCGUCUCCGCAGGCUAUACGGCGUGCAGCCCGACGCUUCUGGACCCGGUCUGCCACCUCGGCAUCAGCCGCCGCCCGGGACCACCCCGGGAUCGUGGCACGUCGCACCGGCGCAGCCGCCGAGGCCUCUUAGCGCGGGGCCCUAUCAGAACGGGCAACCAGGGACAAGCUCGUAUCGUCCGCCGCAGCAGGUGCACUUUGCGCCACAGCCGAAGCCGGCGCAGCAACAACCGCAGCAUCAACAGCAACAGCAAGGGGGCCGGGGUAAGCUCCCGAACCUGAUGUCGGGGUUACUGCAGGGUCCGUAUGCCAACCCGGCUGCUAGUGUCAGCAACUUCUUCCAUCGGGAUCGGACUGAGGAGGAGAAGCGCAAGGUCGCUAAGAAGCGAAGUGUGCACUUCUAA